AUGGGUAAGAAGAAAUUCGCGGCGGCCGGUUUGGCCUCCAUCCUCCUCGUGGCCAUGGUGGUGGCCGUGACAGUCUCUGUCACCAAUCGCAAUGCCGGUUCCGGUGGUGUCGGCACUUCUAACAAGGCGGCUCAGGCCAUUUGCUCCCCGACCGACUACAAGGAUGAGUGCAUGAAUAGCCUUGCCAAUGCUAACUCCACCGACCCCAAAACCCUAAUCGAGGCCGCUUUCAAUGCUACAAUUGAUGAUAUUGCCUCGGCCGUUAAGAACUCGUCUCUCCUUAAGGAGGCCGCUAAGGACGACAGUACUAAGGCCGCCUUCGACGUUUGCGAAGAAGUCCUCGGCACUGCGAUCGACGACCUCAAGAGGUCAGUCUCUCGGGUUUCCGAGCUCGACGGGUCGAAGGUCGACGAGUAUGUGGAGGACCUCAAGACGUGGCUAAGCGCCGAGCUUCUCAAAACGGCCCGACACCUCUCGAGCAACGCCCUCGCCAUGGUCACCGACAUCACGUCCCUCAUCUCGUCCCUCAACCUCACCACCCUCUCCGGCGAAUCCUCCGCCAGCCGGAGGCUCUUCUCAACCGACGACGACAACAACGACCCCACGAAAUGGUCCCGACGCGACCUCCUCUCCGUCCGGCCCAACGCCGUCGUGGCCCAAGACGGCUCCGGCCAAUUCAAGACCAUCUCCUCCGCCAUCGCCACCGUCCCCAAAAAAAACAACGUGCCUUUCCUCAUACACGUCAAGGCCGGCGUCUACAAGGAGCACGUCGAGAUCCCCAAGGGGGCCCACAAGAUCGUCAUGUACGGCGAUGGCCCCCUUAAAACCGUCAUCACGGGAAGCAAAAACUUCGCCGCCGGCACGAAGACCUUCCAAUCGGCCACGCUCUCCGUGAACGCGGACGACUUCUCCGCGCGCGACCUCGCGGUUGAGAACACGGCGGGCCCCGAGGGCCACCAAGCCGUGGCCCUCCGCGUGUCGGGCGACCGAGCCGUGUUCUUCAACUGCCACCUCAACGGAUACCAGGACACGUUGUACGCGCACACGUACCGACAGUUCUACCGAGAUUGCGAGAUCUCGGGAACAAUCGACUUUAUCUUCGGCGACGCGCUCUCGAUCUUCCAAAACUGUCGGUUCGUGGUGCGCCGCCCGAUGGACAGCCAGGCGUGCAUGGUGACGGCGCAGGGCCGCGUGGACCCGCGGAGCCAGGGAGCGAUCGUGAUCCAAGGUGGCGACAUUGUGGCCGAGCCGGCGUUCUUCAAGGCGCCGAAGCCGAUCGUGGCGUACCUCGGAAGGCCGUGGAAGGAGCUCUCGAGGACGAUCAUCAUGCAAACGAACAUCGACGGGUUUAUUGCGCCCGAGGGGUGGUCCCCGUGGAUGGGAACUUUCGCGCUCGACACAUUGUACUAUGCGGAGUAUCAAAAUCGUGGGCCCGGGUCGAACCAGGCCCACCGGGUACAUUGGAAGGGGAUCAAGCAUAUUGGGUCCAAGGUUGCCGAAAGCUUCACGCCCGGGAAGGCGUUCGGAGGUGACUUCUGGAUUAAGGGCGCCGGCAUACCGUACGUUCCCAGCAUGCUGUGA